AUGCCGAAACUUCUCAAUGCAUUCUUGAAGGAUCUUCUCAUCGACAAUCUUAACACACUAUCGAUCAAUCAAAAAUCAAAUCUUGAUGAGAGUAUCAUCAAAAUCUCUCUCAACGUAAUGUCUUCAUCGUCAAACGAGGAUAGCGAGAAAAAGUGCCUCUUGACUCCGAAAUCUCCUCAAGGCGAUCGGCCGAACUUUGGAUUUGCGCAUAGUGAUCACGAAAUGGCCGAUCAGGUAUCAAUUGAGCCAGAGAGGCGCGAGUCGAGAACCUCGUCGGUGAAUGGAGGACGCGACUCGAGAAAUACGACUCAACAAGCCGAUGAAGAAUCGUUAACCGUGGAGGAGCCACAGCGUAGCGCGAGCCCCCUUCCCGGGGCGAACUUCGCCAAUUGCCCCCUCAUUUACAGUGAACCGGCACUGGCUGGCGAUAUGACGCCGAUGUUUCGCUCGUCGGCGAUCAGCGAAUCUUUUCUGCCAAAUUUGCCUUUUCGACGUGGCAAUGCUGCUGGCGGUGACUCGGGAAUUGCUUCGAUUGGCGGCGAAGGGCAAACCGAUGAUGAUCCGUCAAAGGAAAGCGAUGUGCUUUUCAUCAACAACACUCCCAAACACUCGAUGUGUUUGUCGGAAAUCAGUUGUGCCACUGUUGCGACAAGACAAGGCGGCCACAAAACCUCGUUCUCAACCCGCGAAAUUCGAGAGCAACAUCAGAAAAUGCAAGAGCGAUAUCGACCGAAGCGACAACGACAUUUCACAGAUCCGGUCGAUUUCGAAGGUGUGCUAAAUAUCAUUGGCGGGUGUUCUUGGUGGCAAAUCUGGGUGUAUGUUUUGAUCUCAAUGCAGCAAAUCCCACACGCGAUGUUCAAUUUGAAUGUGGUUUAUAUGAUGUACAAUCCCGAGCACUGGUGUCAGGUACCAGGAUUUCACAACAGCACUGACGUCGACUAUUUAUGGACCCUCGAGGAUGCGAUGAACACAACGAUUAUCUUUCCGCGAACGACGAAAAGUCAACGAGAUAGCAAUUUGUAUCAUGAUCAGUGUCACUACUUUGAUCGAGGACAAAAUCGUUUCGAGCAACUCCGCAAAAUGACACUAGAGGAUGCAAUCAAAGCGGUUGACGGUGAGCCGGCGAUCAUGACAAAAUGCACGAAUUGGGAGUACAAAAAGGAUGUGAUGGAAGAAACGAUCGUCACCGAUUGGAAUCUCGUCUGCGAUGACAAUUUGAUGCGUGGUCAUGCACAUCUUUUCUAUUCAUUCGGUUACUUGGUUGGGUGCUUGUUAGGCGGGUUCGCAAGUGACAGUUUUGGCCGCAAACCGACAGUGAUCGGCUUUGGAAUCCUGUCAUCGCUUUUCGGGGUCUUCUUGCCAUAUACUACCUAUUUUCCUAUGUUUCUUUUUAUCAGAUUCUGCAGUGCCGUAUGCAACGAAGCCGCCGACCUUGCUGCUUAUAUCUUGUGUAUGGAAAUCACCGGUGUCAAGUACAGAGCGAUGAUCGGGUCUCUGCUGCAAGCGCCUUGGGCUGUCGGCUAUGCUCUACUAGCGCUAUUGGCGUAUUUUUGCAAAAGUUGGAAAACGAUUCAGACGAUAGCCGCUGGAUUGCACUUUUGCGCUGUUUUGAUCAUUUGCACGAUCCCAGAAAGUCCCCGAUGGUUGAUCGUUUCAAAUCGGGUCGCCGAAGCGGAAGAAGUGAUCAGAAAGGCUUGUCGCGAACCACCAUUUCCAUUCAAUUUGUGCCGCGCUAACAAGGGCAGUUUGCCGUCCGACUUGGAGCUAGUUCGACACCGGGAAACGAGCAAAUGGGUGCGCGCGCAGAACGGAAAAGUCACAUUGUGGCAUUUGUUCAAGAUCCGCGAACUUCGUUUCCGCAGCUUGAUCCUUUGCAUCGUUUUCAUGGCCACUGCGCUCGUUUACUAUGGGAUUGUGAUUGCUCUUUCCGAUCAAUCUGCCCCGGGUCGAGUGCUGUUUUCGGGGAAUUUCUUCUUCAACAACGCAAUCGCUGGUGCCAUUGAGCUGCCGACGCUCAUCUCUUGUGUAUAUCUGAUGAAAUUUGGAAGAAAAAGAGCCCAAAUGGUGACGCUCGUUUGUGCUGGCUUAUGUCUGAUCAUCGCCCUCUUGGCUGUACAAGGAAAAACCUACAUGGUGGCUUUGCUCUUCAUGAUGAUGGGCAAAAUUUGUGUUCAAGGAGCUUUCAACAUUCUCUACAUUUUCUCAUCCGAGCUUUACCCGACGAUCGUGAGGAAUUCGGCGGUUGGCUUCAGCUCGAUGAUUGCUCGCUUUGGUGCUGGAGUCUCAUCCUACAUCGCCAUGCUAUCCGAUGUGACUUUGCCGAUUGUGCCGAUGAUGAUCUUUGCAAUCUUUUCGCUUGUUGCUGGGGUUUUGGUGAUGUUACUGCCAGAAACGAAUGGAUUACCACUUCCUGAAACAAUUGAAGACGCAGUCACAUUGCUCAAAUCCUCCGACAAGAAUCGCGCUGCUUGCUACGGUUUCAUGAUGGGAAACGAGAAAAGCAUGUCACUCCUUGAUGAACCCAUUGAAGCCGAGUUGAGCAGCGGGAAUCAGAGAGAGCAAAACGAGGCGAUGUCCGCUUUGGGAGUGUCGGUGAAUGGAUCGUUUGCGUCGUCGAUCUCCACCGCUGCCGCCGCUACUGAGCGAGCAAACAGCAGUAGAAAUAGUCGGCGUCGAAUUUUGACACCUCGUGGCAGCAUGCCGAGAGCGAUGGGACCGCCAAAGGAUGAAAGUCAGUGCGGUUCAUUGGCUCAAGAGAUGGCCACCAUCUCCAUUCCCGAGCGUCUUCCCGAGGCUUUCGAUGAUAAA